GCUCACAUGACUUUCUUUUGAUCACAUGAUGCUGUGAGCUACUAACUGUGCAUGCGACACAAAAAGCUGUAACGUUGUUAAUGUUGUGACUUGUCGCUUGUGUCCGGUAAGCGUUGUUGUUAUUCGAUUGAGCCAGGACUGUCUAUAUAAAUAUUACUAUUAUUAGGCCUACAAUACAUGUAGGACAACUCGAAUUUGCUAAUUUCUGCCAGUAAGACAGUAGCCUGCUUUGGAUUUAACUUACAUCAAACUUCACUUCAGUUCAAAGACAAGAAAUAGCAGAAGCCAGCCAGAAAUGGAUGCUCCCGGUGGUGGAUGCUGAGACUGAGAGUGAGAGUGAGAUUGAGAAAUCGACCCACAUUAGCCGUGCCCGUGGGCGUGGCUGUGACAUAUUUUUUUUUGACACAUCUGAAUUGAAUCCAACUUCUUUGAAUUUGUCGUGACAAAAGUCAGAGUGAGACAGAAAAAAUGGUGCUUCUACACGCAUCAAAAUCUUAUUACAGGUUUGUGGUUCUGUUCUUCAACUGCAUGUUGACAUUUGGAACAUACUUCUGUUUUGACAUGCCUAGUGUGUUACAGGGUGUCUUUCAAGGGAACCUUACAUGCGAUAAUGCAUCUGUACACUGGAAUGCAUCAGACUGUGAAGAAGGAUUAGGAAUGUCCUAUGUACAAUAUAACCUUCUGUAUGCAAUUUACGCUUGGACUAAUGCCGUGGUUGUUAUUGGUGCUGGAUUCCUCAUUGAUAAAGUUGGAAAUCCUGUUGGUCUAUUUCUAUUCUCUGGUCUAUGUUUGACUGGGUCUUGUAUCUUUGCCCUGGGUGCUAGCUUCAAAGGAUCAUCAGCCAUGUUUCCUGUGAUGCUCUUUGGUCGUCUCCUAUUCGGUUCAGGCAAUGGAUCCCUUACAAUUGUUCAGAAUAGAAUUACUGCUUUCUGGUUCAAGAACAAGGAGUUGGCUUUUGCAUUUGGAAUAACACUGACAUUCUCAAGACUGGGAAGUGUGCUGAAUUUCUUCUUCACCAAGGAGUUUGAAGAUACCAUGGGAUUGAUGUGGACCCUUUGGGGUGGGGCUGUACUUUGCUUGACUGGCUUCAUCGCUGCCAUAGUAACAAGCAUCAUGGAUACCUCAGGAGUCAAACAACUUGGACUGGAAGAUGAAGUGAAAGAGAACUCAAAGAAAGUGAGACUAAGGGAUAUUUUAGAAUUCACUUUACCAUACUGGCUCUUGGCUCUUUCUAUCAUGUUCUUCUACAAUGGUGUUUUCCCUUUUGUAGCUGAUGCAAGUGAUUUUAUCCAGCAGAAAUAUGGUUACUCUUCUGAUUCUACUGUACCUGCCUAUCUUGCUGGUGCUGUCUAUGAUGCAUCCCUUCUUCUCUCACCAUUUCUUGGUGUACUUAUAGAUAAAUUUGGUAUGCGAGGUAUCUUAGCUCUCACCUGUGCUAUAGGAACCCUACCUGUCUUUGGUCUCCUAGCCUUUACUACAGUCUUUCCUCUUGUUUCUACAUUAUGGUUAGGGAUCACAUACUCAUUUGCUGCGGCUAGUCUUUGGCCUUCCAUACCGUUGGUGGUUUCUCAGUCAACGGUUGGCACGGCGAUGGGUAUCGCAACCUCAAUCCAAAUGAUUGGUAUCGGUAUAUCUAACGUUGUUAUUGGUGCAAUCCUUGGUGAUACAAAUUCACAAACGACUCAAGAGACCUUACAUAAAUGGACCCUAACAAUGAUCUACCUUUUUGCUAAUAUUGGUGCCUGUGUGGUCUCUACUGUAUUUCUAAAUAUAGUAGACUCAAGAAGGGGGCGUGUUCUGAAUCAAAGCAAGAAACAGCGUCUUGCCAUCGCCUGCCAAAGACUUCAAGAGGAAAUUGAUGAUAGGAGCUCACAAAUCACAGACUACGAAGAUUCUUAUGAGCCUGAUCCUCUCCUGCGUCCAUGUCGAGGAACCAUUAACAGGAAGAUAUGAAGCUGUGCAGGGGUCUCCUUGGGAGCUUAUCAUGAAAUGGAUGCUUUAUUCCAUAUUUACCACAGUAAUCUCAGUAAUCAAUAUCAAGGAAAUGUUAUCGGAACUUGAAAUGUUGAUCAAACUCUCACUGCUUUGAUCAAGGCUGUUGAGCCCAUUGUUCUCUUUGCAAAAUUGAUGCAUCAAUGAAAAAUAAUUUGUUGAUUGUGUCUGCCUAUUUUGACUUCAGUAAUUGCAAUUUGUUUAUCUCUUUACUGAACUGAUUUUAAUCUAGAUCUGUGCAUUAGGCCUACCCUGUAUUUUCCAGUAUAUUAUUCAAUCACUUAAAUAUGAUGAUAAUAAUGAUGAUAAUAUAAUAAUAAUAAUAAUGAUAAUGAUAAUGAU